AGACGAAGGAUUACCGCUAAGUAUCAUCUUUUUACUUUUUUGUGACUUUAAUGUAAAAAGACCAAAAGAAAGUUAAAACGACUUCCGUAAACGUCAUGUGGAAAUUCGCGGGGAGCACCCGCACCCAAUGAAUCAAGCCUCCGUACACGCUUCCCGGAAGUGCCCAUUCGAUUACUCGACACACGCUUGGAAGUCCUGGUAACUCUUGUAACAUCACUACUACUAACUACCGACGACGACGCAUUUUGAAAAAUUUCAGUCUUAUGCUCAGGCAUUGAAUUUACUUUUACGUCAGCAGUGGUAAAGGGAAGUAUGUCACUACUGACCGCCAUCGAAAACGCUGUCAAGUUGUGCAAAGACGAACAAGCCAGGCUGAAUGGCCGCAUUCGGGUCUACAGAGAAGCACUCUUACACAGCCACACACCUCCAAGUGACGCAGAGCUGCCAGAUGCUGCUGCUGCUGCUACAGCCAGAACCCCGGUGGAGACGGAAGUCAUGAAACUGAUGGAGCUAACAUUAGAAAAAGCCCUUCAGGUCCGCACUGGCACAAGCAUUUCUAGCAAAGACUCGGAAGGAAACAAACCCUCUCAGCUUAGAAAGAAUCCCCCUGCCACGGGUGUCCAUUCCAGAGGGGCGACUUUAAAGGCCUCUGCUGCUUCCAGAGGAAAUCAAACCACCAAUCAACCAACACUUCAGUCUGCAAGUCUUGACGAAAGACGUCAGAGAAAGCCUGGAAGAUCUUCCAAACAUGGUACAAGAUCCUCGGCUGUCCAAAAUGUCCAGUGUGCUACCUCACUGAGCACCGAUGAGGACCUAGCCAAAGCUUCCACGGAAAUGCCACCUUGGAAUAACAAGGAAGACACAGAAGAUGACCAUCAGCCAAGGAGAACACAGUGUGAGCAGAUGGCACAAUGGAAGUCUCUGUGGAAGAAGCAAAACAGAAUGUGGGACAAAGUCAUGGCCGCUCAAAGGAAACCUGUACCCGGGAGGAGCCGCUUCAUGGAGAGAAUGAGCGCAACGUUCCCUAAGGACUGGCCACAUGGAAGUCCGGACCAGAUCAGGGGUCUGGUUGGCAGACUGACUCACCAGACUGAUGAACUGGUCCGCCAGUCCCAGCAGACCCUGGAGCCAAGCGCAGACCCGGGUAAAAUCCUGACUAUUUGUUCUAAUUACAAGCAUCGCAGCUUAGCAGCACAUUUUCAUUUCAUUUGUGCCACUGCAGGAAUGAAAGAUUCCUGCGUCCCACUGGAGAGCCUACAAAUGACAGCGGCCGGGCUCCAGAACGUUGCAGAGCAGACCAAACAAGAGUGGGAAGCAUGGGAUCGAUGGAGGCCAGAGGGAGGUUGUCUUUGCUCCGCGGGGGCUGCGGGAUAUGAGGCGAUGGCAAGGCGUCUGCCCGUGACUAUCACUUACACCUCAGAGGCAGAGCUCAGAGAGCUGGAGACGCUGCGGAUGAGAGUGGCGCUGCUGCAGCAGGAGAUGUCACUCCAGCAAGCUCUGCUGGACGCUCUGUCUCCUCAUUUGGCCUCCAUCAUCCCUUCAUGUACUAAUCGCAGUGUGCUGAGAGACUUGUACUCCCUACUGGGUGAAGGAGGUCAGCGUUUCCCCGCCAUAGUCCUGGACUCCGAGCCUGACUGAUUAGCGAGACGACUGAAAGGUUAAACUAUGCAGUAUAUGUCUGUCCACCUGCAUAACCAUAAUGCCACAUUUCAAUACUGAUUCAUGGACUUGAAUGCAUCACUUGCUGGAUGAUGGCUCCUCUGACCAUCUCAGUGUUUUGUUUACAUUUAAUGCUAGUUCUAUAUUAUGUGUCAUUCCAUGGAAUCUAUUGUUGAGCUAAAAAAUAAAAAUAAAAAAAUUAUCUCUGU